UCACGUGCGUCAGAGCCAACACGCUCUGGUCAGUGAUGAUACACAGCAUCGCUGUUCAUCUUCAAACUCACUGUAGUAUCAGUCUUUCCGGGCUUUUUUUUCCACGUCCAGCCACUACGUUGUUCCGCAGACUUUUCUCCAGGGUUGUCUGCUGUUCCAACAUGGGGAAAAGAAGCAGACAGAGGCAGAAAAAACAGAAUGGUGGCAGGGACGACAGAGACAACGCUGGGUGGGGAGCUGGCUAUGCCGACAUUGUCAAGGAGAACAAGUUGUUUGAGCAUUACUACAAGGAACAAGGCCUGGUACCCGAGGAGGAGUUUGAACAAUUUAUGGAGGCGAUGAGAGAACCUCUACCAGCAACCAUCCGCAUUACAGGAUACAAGAGCCAUGCCAAGGAGAUCCUCCACUGUCUAAAGGAAAAAUACUUUAAGGAUAUUCAGGAGCUGGAAAUUGAUGGUCAGAUGAUUGAAGCUCCACAGCCUCUCAGCUGGUAUCCUGAUGAGCAGGCCUGGCACACCAACAUGAGCAGGAAGAUCAUUAGGAAGUCUCCCCUGCUGGAGAAAUUUCACCAGUUUCUGGUCAGCGAAACCGAGUCUGGUAACAUCAGCCGACAGGAAGCGGUCAGCAUGAUCCCCCCUCUGCUCCUGAAGAUCGAGCCCCACCACAAGAUCUUGGACAUGUGUGCAGCUCCAGGGUCAAAGACGGCUCAGCUGAUAGAGAUGCUUCACUCUGACAUGGACGUGCCGUUUCCAGAGGGCUUUGUAAUAGCCAAUGACGUUGACAACAAGCGCUGCUACUUGCUUGUACACCAGGCCAAGCGUCUCAACAGCCCCUGCAUCAUGGUGGUCAAUCACGAUGCGUCCUGCAUCCCCACACUUCAAAUCGAUGCAGAUGGCAAGAAGGACAUCCUCCUCUAUGACCGCGUCCUGUGUGACGUCCCCUGCAGCGGGGAUGGGACCAUGAGGAAGAACAUAGACGUGUGGAAGAAAUGGACAACCAGCAACAGCCUACACCUCCAUGGGCUCCAGCUGCGUAUCGCAGUGCGCGGUGUCGAGCAGCUGGCAGUGGGAGGGAGGAUGGUCUACUCCACCUGUUCACUCAACCCCAUAGAGGAUGAAGCUGUCAUAGCAGCUCUGCUGGAGAAGAGUGAAGGAGCGUUGGAGCUGGCCGAUGCCUCAGCUGACCUUCCGGGACUGAAGUGGAUGCCUGGGGUCACUUCCUGGAAGCUGAUGACCAAAGAGGGCCAGUGGUACUCUGACUGGACCGAGGUGCCGAGCAGUCGUCACACACAGAUCCGCCCAACCAUGUUUCCACCAAAGAACCCAGAGAAAGUAGCCAGCAUGCAUCUGGAGAGAUGUAUGAGGAUUCUGCCACAUCACCAGAACACUGGAGGUUUCUUUGUGGCUGUGCUGGUGAAGAAAGCUCCAAUGCCUUGGAACAAAAGGUAUCCCAAGCUGAGAAAAGACGCGUCAUCAAGCUCAGCAGCCCAGGCUGGAGUCUCUCCUGCAGCCUCGUCCCCAGCAGACACUCCCUGCCCCAUCCCCGAGGGCAAUCAGGAAGAGGUGGAUGGAGGCAGCCCAGGAGGGAAAGUAGACGGGGAGGCAGAGCGUGAAGCGCCCCCAGGAGCUUCGUUGGUUCAGGAGACUGGUACCAAACAAGAAGCAGUGUGUGGGCCUCCACCCUCCAAAAAGAUGAAGCUGUUUGGGUAUAAAGAAGACCCCUUUGUGUUCUUAACUGAAGAUGACCCUGUCUUCACUGCCAUAGAAUCUUUCUAUGAUCUUUCUCCUGACUUCCCCAAGCUCAAUGUUCUGACCAGGACCCAUGAGGGCAAGAAGAGGCACCUAUACAUGGUGUCCAAAGAGCUCCGCAACGUGCUACUCAACAACAGUGAACGCAUGAAGGUCAUUAACACCGGGGUGAAGGUGUGGUCUCGUAACAGCGAUGGAGAGGAGUUUGGCUGUGCUUUCAGGCUGGCUCAAGAGGGUAUCUACACUCUUCAGCCGUACAUCCGCUCCAGGAUAAUCGGAGUAAGCAUGGAGGACAUCAAAGUGCUGCUGACGCAGGAGAACCCCUUUCUCAGCAAGCUCGAGAACGAUGCUCACACUCAAGCCAAGCAAAUGGGGAUGGGCAGCAUUGUGCUGAAAUACAUUCCUAAUCCAAAUAACACCACAGAGCCUCAGUGUCCCAUCCAGCUGUGUGGCUGGAGGGGAAAGACGUCUAUCCGAGCCUUCGUCCCCCGCAACGAGCGGUUUCAUUACCUCCGAAUGUUGGGCGUGGAAGUCUUCAGAGACAAACAGGGCCUGGGGCAGAAAAGGAGGGACGGUGUUAAGGAGGGAAAGGAGGAUGAUGAUGCUGAGAAGGUUGCAGAGGAGGAAGAAGGGGCACUAGAAGAAAAUGAGGCAGAGCUGGAGUUGGAAAAUAGUGAUAAGAACGGAUCGUCGGAACCAAAGAUCGACUGUGGCAACAAGGAGAGUAGCUGAGGAUUCAGACUGUAGAGGAAGAAGAGAACUGACGGAUGGCUGAUAAGAGCUAGAAGUGCUGUUCAACAGGUCCAAAACCACACGAUGUGUUAGAGAAGGAGGAUGUGCCUCUGUUUACCACACUGCCAGAGCAGGAGUCCCUCCCAGUGAUGACUUCGUUGGGAGAGUUCUUUUUUCAGCUCCUUUCUAGGAGUCAGCUUUUUAGUUAAAUAGCUUGUCUUGUUUUAUAAAGCUGUUUCUUUAACAAAUGUGUCCCAUAUAACAAGUUUUAUUUUUAUUUUAUUUUUUUGAGAGCUUCAUAUAAAUGAGAAAGGAACAUCUCAUGCUUUAUACCUGUAAUCAAACCAGUAGAAUGGAGCUGACUUAAAACAAAAGGUUUCUUUUGUCGUUGGUCAAAUGUUUGCACUUUCGGAUCAUUUUGAGCUUGUAAAAGUGAUUUUUUUUUUUUACCCCAUAUUAAAAAUUGAGACACCA